UUGCAGGAGUAUCAUGCCUACCGCCACGGGAACCGUUGUUUCCACCUCACAAAACAGAUUCCAAGCCACAUUCGACGUCGAUGGGCGGAACCUCGCCUUCAGCGGUACCAUAACUCCCGCAGUUCCCAUGUUCAAGGUAGACCCCGCGACGUUGACCUAUGGCCGCGACGACGAAGUGGCUGGCACGGACAGCUACCACGGCACCGUUGGAAAUGACCUCGAAUUAUCCUUCGACAAAGGGCCCACCAUUGCCGGGAAGCUCGAGAAAGCCGUAGUUCCAUCCAGCAACAUUGCCGGCGGCGGCCCCUGGAGCAUGAGCCCGCCGCCCGGGCCGGUAAGUCUCAAUCUCUCCAGUUCGCGAAUGCGUGCAUGA